AUGUUGGGUAGCAUAGGUUCGCCCACAACCUGCGGAUUUCUGCUUUUUUUCAGAACACGUGUAUGCCUUCUGCUCCGAUUCCCUUCUUCUCACGGAUCUAACAGGAAUGAGUAGAUGAAAGCAGCGUGACUGAAACAAGGUGAAGCGAUUGCUUACCUACACAUAAUCAAUAAUCUCAGAUCUACACUUGUGGAGUGAGCAAGGGCAGAGGGGAGAGGAUACAUUUCUGGAAUGAAAUUCAGCCUAGAUCUUUAGAGGGGAGCAAAAUAUUAGAGGGCUGCCAAUUUUAACGAAACAUUAAAGGAGUAGCCUAUUUCUCCCACACAGCUGUGUUCGCUAAGUAAACAUCUUUGAAUUGCAUUGACCAUUUUCAAACAACAUUCAAUGUUUACUGCUGGUUUAUUGUGAGAGCACUCCAGGUGACUUUUGGCAUUUUGCAAACAGGUUCCAAACCUGGACUCCUCCUAUUCUUCAGUGAAGCUGUGCAUUGCAUGUAUUAUUGAUUGUUCCCGAAGGGCAUUGGCAAUAUAAGGAGUGCACAUUUAGAGAGAGCAUGUCUUUCUCUCUUGUCAUUUGAUCUUGUCUAAAUUGAGGCUUCUUUCUAUGACCAAGGUCAGACAUGGCUAAGUUGCUUCUUCGCUGACUGUAUACACUGUAAUAGGGACAUGUAUGUCAGCCACCAUUCGCUAGCAGCACACUUAGCAACAAGAUGUUCUGUGUGCAAUUUCCAAUAUAGGCCUGUCUAGCAAUGAAUGAUCAACAGAUGAUUUGCCUUGAUAGUGUAUUGCAGUCUAGACCAUUAGUUUGUGUUUGUCUUGUCCUCAGAUAAGGAUGGCAAGGCCUUCCACCCCACCUAUGAGGAGAAGCUUCGUUUGGUGGCACUCCACAAGCAGGUGUUACUGGGGCCAUACAACCUUGACGCUUCUCCAGAGGUGGGCUUCUUUGACGUCCUGGGAAAUGACCGCAGGUACCCCCCCCCCCCACACACCUCCCCAGUAUGUUUGUGUGACCUUUUAACUCCAUCUGACGCUCCAUCCCUAGUGCUGCUACUGUGUUCCAGGAAACGUGAGGAAACAGUGUGGAAUCAGAGCUUUUCCUCUUGGCGUUUUUUAAAGGUUUUUCACAGCUCAGUGUAAAAAGAAAGUUGUCCCUAAUCUCGAUCUCUCCUCUCUAUCUCCCACCCUCAAUUAAAUUCAAAGGGGCUUUAUUGUCGUGGGAAAUAUAUGUUUACAUUGCCAAAGAAAGUGAAAUAAACAAAAGUGAGAAGAAACAAAACUAUAUUAUCCCUAUUUCCCCUCUGUAGGAAAGAGUGGGCUGCUCUGGGUAACAUGGAGAAGGAGGAGGCCAUGGUGGAGUUUGUCAAGCUGUUGAACAAAUGCUGUAAUUUAUUCGCUCCCUAUGUCACCUCCCACCAAAUAGAGAAGGAGGAACAGGAGAGGAAACGGUAAGAUGCCCAGGAGGACAGACAGACAUUUCUGCCCAUGACAGCAACAUGGUGGAAACUAUCCUAGUAUUUAGGGAGUUUACUCAAAUUUGUCGUGUUUUUGUCUCUUUCCUUCUAUCUCACCUCAGGAGGGAGGAGGAGGAACGACAGCGCCGGGAGGAUGAAGAGAGGGAGCGACAGAGGCAGGAGGAGGAGAGACGGAGGCUUGAAGAGGAGGAGAGGCUGAAGCGGGAGGAGGAGGAGAGGAGACAGUUGGAGGAGGAGAGGCUACGGGUGGAGCAGCAGAAGUGAGUCGUGUGUCUGUGUGUAUGAUAUAUUAUCAAUUUCUUUACCUUCAGGAAGAUGUGGAGUGCAUAGAAUGUUAAAGCUACCUCUAUCUACGGUGUUUAUGUAGCUUUUUAUGGUAGGCCAGUGUUCAUUGAAGGGUGCUGAGUUGACGCUCUCCUCCAACCUCCCCCUCCCUGUCUGCAGACAGCAGAUCAUGGCAGCGCUGAAUGCCCAGACGGCGGUGCAGUUCCAGCAGUAUGCUGCCCAGCAGUACCCAGAGAGCCCUGAGCAGCAGCUGGGUCUCAUACACCAGCUACAGGAACAACACUACCAACAGUACAUGCAGCAGCUCUACCAGGUCCAGCUGGCACAACAACAGGUACACACCACUACAUUCUAUGCACUCCACAUCUUCCUCAAGCAAGUGGGGAGGCCGAUGACAUCACAUCAGACCAACUCCUUGAAUGCCAUACUUCUUGAAGUUUGCAGUUGUAAAAACCACUGUUUUGCGCAAAACAUAUUUUUUUACCGUUAAGUGUGUGUACAUUACUGUAGGGGAGAGUGGGGUAAAUUGAGCAUUUUUUACAUUCAGCAUCACUCCGUCAAGGAAAAUAUAGUUUUCUUUCUAACAAAGAUAUCUACAUAUAUUUCAGGAUGUUUAUGCCCAGAAAUAAUCAGAAUUCAUGUAAACAUUAGUUUUGAAAACAUAGCUUGUCCAAAAAAAGUGUUCUCUUGGCAUUUUUUUUUACAAGCAGAUGAAAGUUAAAGGACAAUUCCACCCCAAAACUAUCUUUUGGUAUUUGUUUCAUUAGUCCAUUGUUGAUAGUCCCCAAAUCAAAUCAACAUUUUUUUUGUCAGAUACACGUGUUUAGCAGAUGUUAUUGCGGGUGUAGUGAAAUGCUUGUGCUUCUAGCUCCGACAGUGCCAUAAUAUCUAACAAUUAAUAUCUAACGUUCGGCAUACCGCACCACCCUUUGGAGAGCCCUGCGGUUGCGGGCGGUGCAGUUGUCGUACCAGGCGGUGAUACAGCCCAACAGGAUGCUCUCAAUUGUGCAUCUGUAAAAGUUUGUGAGUGACAUGAUUUGCAUGUCAGCAAUCAAGUGUUCAAAAUAUACAGUAUAACUUUCAAAAUACAGAAAUACAGCUGAUAUGAUGCAUUUAGCAUUACAGUAUAUGAUUCUGCGUUUUGCAUUAUAUGAUGGAAAGUGCAUCGCAAGGCUGUAUUUCUGUAUUUUGAAAGUUAUACAGUGCAUUUGGAAAGUGUUCUGACCCCUUCCCAUUUUCCACAUUUUGUAACGUUACACCUUUUUCUAAAAUUGAUUAAAUAGAUAAAAAAAAUCCUCAUCAAUGUACACACAAUACCCCAUAAAGACUAAGCAAAAACAGGAUUUUAGAAAUGUUUGCUAAUGUAUUAAAAAUAAAAAAGUAAUAAGUAUUCAGAGCCUUUACUAUGAGACACGAAAUUGAGCUCAGGUGCAUCCUGUUUCCAUUGAUCAUCUUUAAGAUGUUUCUACAUCUUGAUUGGAGUCCACCUGUGGUAAAUUCAAUUGAUUGGACAUGAUUUGGAAAGGCACACACGUGUCUAUAUAAGGUCCCACAGUUGACAGUGCAUGUCAGAUCAAAAAUCAAGCCAUGACGUCAAAGGAAUUGUCCGUAGAGCUCCGAGACAGGAUUUUGUCGAGGCACAGAUCUGGGGAAGGUUACCAAAACAUUUCUGCAGCAUUGAAGGUCCCCAAGAAAACAGUGGCCUCCAUCAUUCUUAAAUGGAAGAAGUUUGUAACCACCAAGACUCUUCCUAGAGUUGGCCGUCUGGCCAAAUUGAGCAAUCGGGGAAGAAGGGCCUUGGUCAGGGAGGUGACCAAGAACCUGAUGGUCACUCUGACAGAGCUCUAGAGUUCCUCUGUGGAGAUGGGAGAACCUAUCAGAAGGAAAACCAUCUCUGCAGCACUUUACCAAUCAGGCCUUUAUGGUAGAGUGGCCAGAAGGAAACCACUCCUCAGUAAAAGGCACAUGACAGCCCGCUUGGAGUUUGCCAAAAGGCACAUAAAGGACUCUCAGACCAUGAGAAACAAAAUUGAACUCUUUGGCCUGAAUGCCAAGCGUCACAUCUGGAGGAAACCUGGCACCAUCCCUACGGUGAAGCAUGGUGGUGGCAGCAUCAUGCUGUGGGGAUGUUCUUCAGCGGCAUGGACUGGGAGACUAGUUAGGAUCAAGGGAAAGAUGAACGGACCAAAGUACAAAGAGAUCCUUGAUGAAAACCUGCUCCAGAGCGCUCAGGACCUCAGACUGGGGCAAAGGUUCAUCUUCCAACAGGACAACGACCCUAAGCACUCAGCCAAGACAAUGCAGGAGUGGCUUUGGGACAAGUCUCUAAAUGUCCUUGAGUGGCCCAGCCUGACCCCGUACCUGAACCCGAUCUAACAACUCUGGAGAGACCUGAAAAUAGCUAUACAGUGAUGGUCCCCAUCCAAUCUGACAGAGCUUGAGAGGACCUGCAGAGAAGAAUAGGAGAAACUCCCCAAAUACAGGUGUGCCAAGCUUAUAAUGUCAUACCCAAGAAGACUCAAGGCUGUAAUCGCUGCCAAAGGUGCUUCAACAAAGUACUGAGUAAAGGGUCUGAACUUAUGUAAAUAUUAUAUAUAUAUUUUUUAUUAUUAUACAUUUUAUAAACCUGUUUUUGCUUUGUCAUUAUGGGGUAUAUUGUGGACAUUGAUGAGAAAAACAACAAUUUAAUCAGUUUUAGAAUAAGGCUGUAACGUAACAAAAUGUGGAAAAAGUCAAGGGUUCUGAAUACAUUCCGAAUGCACUGUAUAUUUUCAAAACUUGAUUGUUGUCAUGCAAAGCAUUUUGAGACUAUAUCAACAAUGGACUAAUCGUUUUUGGGCGGAGUUUUCCUUUAAGCCGCCUACAAAUUUCUGUACUGAAUGAAAUAUUACCACUGCCUUUUUAAAACCAAACACAAUUCAAUACCGUCACAAUCACUUUUGUCUUUUAAACACCCAUACCAGUAGGAAUCCACAUUUUCGAGCUGAAAGACGAUAACCAGAGCUUACCCAUGGUGUUGCACAAAGCUUUUAAGUCAAUAAGUCAUCGUUUUAGGCAAAGUAUCAUAUAUGGUAGGUGUUCCUGUGGCAUGCAUUGAAAUGCGUGGCUUUCUUUUGCAAAAUAACUGAGUUUAACAGACAUAUUUUCUAAUUGUCAACCUACAGUUCCUUUAGAAAGUGUUCAUACCCAUUUACUUAUUCCACAUUUAGUUUUACAGCCUGAAUUCAAAAUGGAUUACAUAUUUAUUAAAAAAAAAAAUCCCAUCUAGACACAAUACCCCAUAAUGACAAAGUGAAAACAUGUUUGCAAAUUUAUUGAAAAUUAAAUACAGAAAUAUCUCAUUUUACAUAAGUAGACACCAGAGUCAAUAUUUUGUAGAAACACCUUUGGCAGCGAUUGCAGCUGUGAGUCUUUUUGGGUACGUCUUUAAGAUCUUUCCACACCUGGAUUGUGCAACAUUUGCCUAUUAUUCCUUAAAAAAAAUAUUCAUGCUCUGUCAAAUUGGCUGUUGAUCAUUGCUAGACUACCAUUUUCAGGUCUUGCCAUAGAUUUUCAAGUAGAUUUAAGUAAAAAUGGUAACUCGGCCACUCAGGAACAUUCACUGUUUUCUUGGUAAGCAACCCCAGUGUAGAUUUGGCCUUGUGUUUUAGGUUAUUGUCCUGCUGAAAGGUGAAUUCAUCUCCCAGUGUCUGGUGGAAAGCAGACAAAACCAGGUUUUCCUCUAGGAUUUUGCUGUGCUUAGCGCCAUUCCAAAAAAAAAUUUAUCCUGAAAAACUCCCCAGUCCUUAACGAUUACAAGCAUUCACAUAACAUGAUGCAGCCACCACUAUGCAUGAAAAUAUGGAGAGUGAUACUCAGUAAUGUGUUGUAUUGGAUUUGCCCCAAACAUAGCACUUUGUAUUAAGGACAAAAAGUGAUUUGCUUAGCCAAAUGUUUUUGCAGUAUUACUUUAGUGUCUUGUUGCAAACAGGAUGCAUGUUUUGGAAUAUUCUUCUUUUCACGCUGUCAACUAGGUUAGUAUUGUGGAGUAAUUACAAUGUUGUUGAUCCAUCCUCAGGUUUCUCCUAUCACAGCCAUUCAACUUGGUAACUGUUUUAAAGUCACUAUUGGCCUCAUGGUGAAAUCCCUGAGCUGUUUCCUUCCUCUCCGGCAACUGAGUUAGGAAGGAUGCCUGUAUCUUUGUAGUGACUGGGUGUAUUGUUACACCAUCCAAAGUGUAAUUAAUAGCGUCACCAUGCUCAAAGGGAUAUUCAAUCUCUGCUUUUUUGCCAUCUACCAAUAUGUGCCUUUCUUUGCGAGACAUUGGAAAACAUCCCUGGUCUUUGUUGUUGAAUCUGUGUUUGAAAUUCACUGCUCGACUGAGGGACCUUACAGAUAAUUGUAUGUGUGGGGUACAGAGAUGAGGUAGUCAUAAAAAAAUCAUGUUAAACACUAUUAUUUCACACAGAGUGAGUCCAUGCAACUUAUAUUACUUAUUUAGGCUUGCCAUAACAAAGGGGUUGAAUACUAAUAUUAAUAUUUUUUUUGUUUUGAAAAACAUAAUUCCACUUCUACAUUAUUGUGUAUUGGCCAGUGACACAAAAUCUUAAUUUAAUCCAUUUUAAAUUCAGGCUGUAACACAACAAAAUGCGGAAUAAGUCAAGGGGUGUGAAUACUUUCUGAAGGCACUGUAAGCUCCGGCAAUAUGGUUAGCCUAACUAUUGAACGGUUUGGAGCGUGUAUUGAAGCAAUGGGUGAGUUCGUUUUGCAUGGCCCGGUGCCCCGGGUGGGUGGAGAUUUCUCUUUUUAGGAUCAAUGGAAUGGUCUAAAUUGAGCAAACCCUGCACACCCGGGGCAUGCAAAACUAAUGCCUAAAACGUUAGGGGUCAAAACCAUUCAUCUUGAGCAGAGCAUAUGAGCGGAGUGGAGCGGUGAGAAUCUCAGCUCCUCACUCACGGAGCUGUUCACCCCUCCGCUCCCCCCGCUCAAAGCCACAUCAGGCCAGUCCGCUCAUUAUCGCUCAGCGCUCAACGCAGUUUGCAUCGCGCUCCACUCAAAUCGCCCCCCGCUCACUCCAAAAAAGGAACAAAAUCUGCAUGUAUUUCACUUUUAGCUUAAACCACAGCCUUACUUUAUCUCCCCGAAUUUGUUGCAUACAGACUCAUCUCGGAUUAUCCAUUCUGUCUUGAAACGGGGAUCUAACACUGACGCUAAAAUGAGAUGUUAAUCAGUAUAGUAUAUUCCAUAGCGAAUUGACACGUUGUUUGCCAAUGUUUCUGCAAAAGCAGCGAUGCCCAUUGGAAGUGCAGCGUGAGUGUAAUCGGUGAGCAGGGAUUUGAUUUCUGUGACAGCAGGGAGGAUCAUCCCCAGGUUCCCCAGCUCCUUCUGCAUUUUGUCUGUGAGGUCUGCUAGUGGUGUCAGCACACUGACAAGGUGCGUCAGCUGCCGUACUUGAUUCAGGGUGAUGUUAGCAACAUUAGACUUGAGUUUGUUUUACCAUAACGGGUCUUUUUGUAACAACCGGAUGAACGACUGAAUCAUCCGCAGCUGGCUGCUCCAUCGAAUGGCGCAGGCAUUUGUGGGGUGGACACCUAAUUGGUCGGUUUCCUCUGUGCUCUUGCGUACACUUUUCACCAGGUGCCCGACUUUCACUAACAGCCUAUUAAUGUUGUCGUGCUUGUUAACGGCGUUUUUGAUCGCCAGCUGAAGCAUGUGAAUGGGGCAUCUCAGAUUUUGAGAAAUUUGACAAAGUAAAGUACUGAUUUAUCAUAGUUUCUUGGGGGAGUGUAGCCCGGUUGAGCUGCGCUGGCGAAGUGUUGCAUCCCUUCGCGUUCUCCUUUACUCAGCGGUUCAUAGUCCAUGAAAAUCAUUUCAAAAAAUGCUACAUCCAGCUCUCUUUUUCUCUCCCUUGUUAUGGUUGGGCCUUUGCGUGCAGUGAAUAAACUUUUGAAUUCCUCAACCCUUUUCUCUUGUUGCUGCUGCUGCUCCUCUCGCUCUAUAAAAUACAAAUUCAUGGACGACACAAAUUAAAUUAAACAGAUGGAUUCUGGGUCAGGCUUAAGCAUGCUUCAGACUCGUGGUGUGAGCGAGCGAAAUUGGAGCGGGACAUAGGGCGACGCUCCGUCCUUUUAAAAAUGCCGCUCUGCGCUCUGUUCAAAAUCCGUCCGCUCACGCUCCACGCUCGCUCCCGCUCCACUCCGCUCAUAUGCUCUGAUCUUGAGCGACUGAGGGAGCUAAAAUGUAAUCAUAUCACGCAAUUUUACAAUUUUAUAAAAUGGUAAUAUAUAUUAUUUAAUGCAGACUAACUUAAAAUGAAACUUGACAAAUUAUCCAAUGGAUUAUGAUAUGCUGGUAAAAAAGGGGAGGUGCAAAAACAUUAGGUUGCACCCCCUAUUUUAAUUAGCUCCAUUGCAAGGUGGCCAAGUCCAGGGUCGUCACUAGUUAACACAGCCAUAAAGUCAUGAACCCCAUCUAUUUCUACAUUUUCUCUACUUAAAAUUUGAUUUUUAACCUAACCCUCACCUCAGCCCUAACCUUAACCACACUGCUAACCUUAGCCUAACCUUAAAUUAAGACGAAAAAGGUCAUUUUAGUUUUCUUGAAUUUGCAUGAUAUAGCCAAUUUUGACUUUGUGGCUGUUUUCAUCUAGUGGGAACCCACGUGUAGGCUACAGAGAAAAGCUGUUUGGGAUAAGACUCACAUAGAACUUUGCAGCAGGUGUUUCUGAUUAAUAAACAUUGCCAUGCUGGUGGGUGGUAACAUUGAAAGAAACCCCAGCCCUGAAACGAAACAGCUUGAAAAUAAUUUGCACGUCAUCUCAUAGGAAAAGACAUGUAAGACUCACGGAAACAUCCGAAGUCACACAUUCAGAUUUGGCACUUCAACUUUGACUAAAACGAUGACUUAACUACUUUUCCAUCCACUGUUUUUAUGUGAGUAUAGUACCGUAUAAAAAAUCACGACAGCUGUGAUGGAAACAGGAUGUUUCAGUACAAUUUUAUAAAUGCCGACAGCUCAUUUGUUCGUUCGACAUGGUGGGAUCUUUUUGUGUCGUUAAAAUUAAUUAUGCGAUAAAUGGCGGUGGAAACGCCUUUGCAAAUAUUGAUAUAACAACCAUCAAUCAUAUCGAAGUAAACUUGGAGUCACGCGAUGACAUGGUGUGUGGUCCUCCCACUACGACUCAGGAAACCAUGCAGUUUAUUAGGCUACAGAUGAAAUAAGUUAUGAUGAACUUCACAGGGUGGUGAAAGUGCACUGUGAUCUUGACGCUCUUUCCAAUAAAUAUUGAGGGUCUUAUUCUGGUGACAUGAUGCUCGAUGCUUGAGUGCCAUUUGAAAAAUACAAAUAUUAUCACUCUUAUCCAUAAUAAUCUCAUGUAGACUAGCCUACCUGCACAGCCUACCCGCACUGUAUCUGUGAGCUGUUGGCUAGAGCGCACGAGCCAAGACCAGAGUAGGCACAUUUGCUAUUUAACACAACAGUUGUUGUGACAAAACUAUCGGUAGAGUUGAAAAUAUAAUGGAAACGCAUUGAACUUUAGAUUUCUAUUCGGUACAUGAAAAUUUAAGACACAAAGUACAUUUUGUGUGCCCUACAUCAUCACACACUGAUUUGUGGGUGUUUAAGCAUAUUUUAACAUAGGCUGACACCUAACAAACACUUUGUACUUUUUUUUUUUACACUUUUAACAGGCCAGGCCCUGUUAUUACCGCAUAUCCCAGUGAUAAUGCGUUGCAUUACAACUGGGAAGAAAACACAUCAAUUUGCUCAACUUGCCAUUAGCUCAACCAUUGGCUCAACUUACCCCAAGGCAAACGUUUUGACUAUAGAGUGUUAAAAACAUUCAGAACAGCCUCAAUUCAUCAUGGCAUGGGCUACAAGGUGUCAAAAGCAUUCUACAGGGAUGCUGGCCCAUGUUGACUUCAAUGCUUCCCACAGUUGUCAUGUUGGCUGGAUGUCCUUUGGGUAGUGGACCAUUAUUGAUACACACGGGAAACUUAAGUGAAAAACCAGCAGUGUUGCAGUUCUUGACACACUCAAACCGUUGCGCCUGGCAAUUACUACCAUACCCCGUUCAAAGGCACUUAAAUAUGUUGUCUUGCCCAUUCACCCUCUGAAUGGCACACAGACACAAUCCAUGUCUCAAUUGUCUCGAGGCUUCAAAAUCAUUUUUUAACCUAUCUCCUCCCCUUCAUCUACACUGACUGAAGUGGAUUUAACAGGUAACAUCAAUAAGGGAUCAUAGCUUUCACCUGGUCAGUCUGUCAUGGAAAGGUGUUCUUAAUGUUUUGUAUACUCAGGGUAUGAGCCCACACAGCUACAAGGAUGCACUUUCAUGCUAGGUUUAGGACCUCAUAUUGACGCUUAUAGAGAACCCAACUGAUGUAUAGAACAAUCUUAAAAUGAUCUACUUUGGUUUAGAUACAAGCAUCAUGAAACCUCAAACACAAAUUAAUUUCACUUGGUGAAAAACUGUUUUUUGGGACUGACUUGCUUACCACUUUUUCCAUGUAGUUUCUUAAGUGUCCAUGAAAUGACCUCUUCCUAAGUAUUUGGUUAAUGAUUAAUUUUGUGUAUGGUUUCCUAGAAACAAGGGUGGCUCAACUUACCCCUUUGGCUAAACUUACCCCACUCCUCCCCUAUUUAUACUUGGGAUAUCGCUUUUCAACAGGAAAAGUUAAAAAAUAGCUGGAGGACGUCUUUAAACACUGAUACUAAAACAUAUCCCUAAUUAGAGAUGCUGUCAACCAGUGUUGUCUUUCAGUUUUUAUAAAGAGAUUUUAAGUGAUCAUAAAGGGAAAAAACUAGAGAUUAUACAGGAAUGUCUUAAUUCUGCUGCCAGUCAUUGACCUUCCUCCUUUCCACCUCCCUCAUCCUUCCAGGCGGCCUUACAGAAGCAGCAGGAGGAUGCAGUGGUGCAGGCCACCCUGGAAGCCACCAGUGAGCCUGUAGCUGCAGCGCCCCCGGCUAGAGAGGAGGUCCCCUUGCUCAAUGGCCAGUCAGACUCCCACUCUGAGGGCAUGGACAGGGAACCAGAGCCCCUCGAGCCUGCUGAGGAGGUCACUGAGAACGGGCCCAUAGGUACACACACGCAACGGGCAGGUACAAACACGCAUGCACGUACACACACCGGCCAGGUAGACAGACGCACAUACAUAUGCACAAGCGCGCACACAUUCCAAACUGUAAUGUGAUGCCUUACCCUCUACACUUGGUGAUGUGACUUUGGGGAUCAGAAAGGGAUGAAUAGGUGUAAGGGAUACGUGAAUGACUCCACCUAACCCUUCGAUGGGGUAAGAAGUUGCUGCCCAGGACAGAGGAUGCACAUUUCUGGUUUGGAAUCAAGCCAUGGAAUUAAUUAAUCGGUUAUAGCAGAGUAUCUCUGCCUACUCUGUUAUCCUGGAUAGAACAAGGAGACAGUGUGCCAGUAUUGCCCUAAAGCCAGUUCUGUCUCAUCUAGUGAAAAUUAAAGUAACUUUAAGUACUCACAAGCAGAUAUUUUUUGUAUGUUGUACAUUCUUUGAAAUGUUGUACUUUAGAAAUGGAUGUACAUUGUGCGUAAUCUGCCACUGUUAUAUUUACACGCCCCUCUCAUUCCGUACUCUCCCUUCUCUCCCCCAGCAGACUCUCCCCCGGUCAUAGCAGCCCCCUCCAUGUGGACGCGUCCCCAGAUCAAGGACUUCAAGGAGAAGAUUCGGCAGGACGUGGACAGUGUGAUCACGGUGGGGCGUGGCGAGGUAGUGACAGUGCGCGUGCCCACCCACGAGGAGGGCUCCUACCUCUUCUGGGAGUUCGCCACGGACCACUACGAUAUCGGUUUCGGAGUCUUCUUCGAGUGGACGGACGCCGCCAAUGCCUCGGUCAGCGUGCACGUCAGCGAGUCCAGCGACGAAGACGAGGAUGAGGAAGGUGAGGAGAGGACGAUUAGAUGGCUGCUGGAUUUCUAAUGGGAUGUUAUGGGUUCUUUCGAGAGACCCAGGAUGCAGUCCUACUGAGAAGGCUUAUACCUGCUUGUUUGUCAGGGCUAAUAUGGAUUUUUUUCAUGUUUUAAACAUACCCCCUUAUUGUUAAUGUGUUUGGUCCUUUCACACACUAGGCUAUUUACUGAAAGCCACCUCAGACCAGAUUAAUAUAAUCUUGUAGUGUGAUCCAGUAGCUACUGACCAGCCCCCCUGAUGGUCUGUGUUCCCUCUAUUUCCAGGAGAGCCCCCUAGUGAGGAGGAGAAGGCUAAGAAGGAGGCAGGGAAGCCGCAGGUGGAUGAGAUAGUGCCGGUGUACCGGCGGGACUGUCACGAGGAGGUCUACGCCGGCAGUCACCAAUACCCCGGCCGUGGAGUCUACCUUCUCAAGUUCGACAACUCUUACUCUCUUUGGAGGUCCAAGAGUGUCUACUACAGAGUCUACUACACUAGAUAAGCCUGGAGGGACUACAGGAGGCAGGGAGUGUGUGUGUGUGAGGAGAGGAGGGGGGGAUGAGAGGAUCUGUUCUGGACUAGACCUCCAGAGGGCGACAGAGUUGCGUCAGACUCCCACUGGAGAUGGGACUCCCGUUGGAGAUGGGACUCCUAUCUGUUUGGUGUGUGUGUGUGUGUGUGUGCGCCUACACCUCGUUGGAGCCUGUGG